AUGGGAAGUCAUGAUCCUAUCCAUGAUUGGCUCGACAGAAAACUGAGUGGAAAGAAGUACAAGCCUAGAUGGACAGGUAAGAUUGCAGGUUUUGGGCUACCGCCGCCCGGAUCGGGGAAGUUAUUCAGGCUCGGUACGGGAGGUAUGAACCAGGGAUAUAUACGCGGCAUGGGUCCAAAUAACAUGAAUCCUAUUCACUUGAACCCAGGAGCUGGACCAAUAUGGAACCCAGCAGUUGCUGGUCUACAACAACUUCCUCAACUCGCACCAGGAGCAAGAAGUCCAGGCCUGUCUAUCCAAUCACCUUCAGCCGUUUCCAAUAUGAUGGCUCAAUUAGGUCCACGAAUGCCCCCCAACCAACGGCCGCGAUCACCACCUCCACCAAAUCUCAAGCAAGCACAAACGGCAUCACCGCUCCCACCACCGUUAUACCCUAGGCAAACACCCUUGGCAGCUCCUCCACCACCCUAUAGCUCACACAGCCAGUCCCAAAGUCGCCCACCCUCUGGCUCAACAUACGGAAAUCAACCGACAACUUCUGUUCCAAGAAUGCAAAGCCAGUACAAUUCUCCUCACCCAAACCAACCAUCGAACAACUCAAUACCCUCCGGCCAACCUCGGGCUCAAGGACAAUCUAAUAGAAGUCCCUCAAGAUCCAGUCCUGGAAGUUCAAAUCCUUCGCAUCAACCACAAGGAAGACCAAGUUUAGCUCAUGCACAGACUGCGCCUGCUUCUCUUGGAGUGCCUACCAGAACUAUUAUUGAAGGCUUUGCCAGCCGAACAGAGUUAGAUCGUGGGAGCCGUGGAACAAGGUCAGGUUGA